AUGGAGUUACUACACCAUCCAAAUAUUAUUAGAUUAUUUGAAGUUGUGGCUACAUUAUCUAAAGUCCAUUUAGUUAUGGAAUAUGCGGGGGGUGGGGAAUUAUAUACUUAUGUACAUGAUAAUGGAAAAUUGACUGAAGAAGUUGCUAAACCUAUUUUUGCCCAAAUAGUCUCAGCAGUUGCCCACCUUCAUUCAAAAAAUAUUUGUCAUAGAGAUAUUAAAGCAGAAAAUGUUUUUCUUUCACAUCCUGGCUGGAUAAAACUUGGAGAUUUUGGCUUUAGUUGUAAAUUCGAAGACGAUUCCUUUUUAAAUACUUUUUGUGGUUCUCCCCCAUAUGCUGCACCUGAAUUAUUUCGAGAUCAAAAAUAUAUUGGCCCGAUGGUUGAUAUUUGGGCGAUGGGAAUACUUCUUUAUUUUAUGCUUGUUGGUGUUACUCCUUUUCGUGGAGAAACUGUUUUUGAUUUAAAAAGAAAUAUUUUGGAAGGGGUUUAUUAUAUGCCUGAUUAUGUUUCAACAUUUGCACAACAUUCAAUUACUAGAAUGCUUGAAUUGGACGCUAAAAGAAGGGCUAAUAUUUUGGAACUUAAGAGAACAUAUUGGCUAAGUGAAUGUAAAUUUCCCGAUUCUUAUGUAAAUUUGUCUUUAAAUCCAAAUGAGCAUUCAUUGGCCCAUUGUAAAUUGGAAAGACUUGUUUGGUCCCAAUUACAAAGUUAUGGAAUAACAGAAGAAAUGCUUAGAAGUGUUGCUAAAAGUAAAGGAGCUAGAAAUCCUGUUAUCGGGACUUAUCGAAUUACUCUUUAUCAAUGUCAAGCACUUGAUAGAGAUAAAGAAAGGGCUAAGUUAAAUGAGCAUUUAUUACAACUUGCUGAAAAGAAUAAUUUAUUGGCGGGUAAAAUUGAUGAGCGAAGCAAAGCUUGUAUAAUAAUUUAA